AUGAAUUUCACCAACCUCAAUUGGACCAACGAAACCAGCUACUACCUCGAGUACGAUUGCAGCGGAUCAUCAGCCCUUCCGGAAGGGAUCGCCUCGCUACGCUUCCAGAUCGUGAUCUUCCUCGCCUACAGUUCGAUCUUCCUGCUCUCCAUCGUCGGCAAUGUGGCCGUCUUUCUGGUGGUCUACCUGCUUCCCCGGAUGAAAACCGUCACCAACACCUUCAUCGCUAAUCUCGCCCUCGGCGAUAUGCUGAUGGCGAUCUUCUGCAUCCCGUUCUCCUUCCUGUCGAUCUUCAUCCUCCAGCACUGGCCCUUCGGCGAAGCCAUCUGCCGCCUGGUGAACUACUCCCAGGCCGUGUCGGUCCUGGUCAGCGCCUACACCAUGAUAGCGAUCAGUGUCGAUCGCUACAUCGCCAUCAUGUGGCCCCUGAAACCCCGCGUCACCAAGCGGAUCGCCAAGGUACUCGUCGUGAUGGUAUGGACCGGGGCGCUAGCUACCGCCGCACCCAUCCCAGCGUUCUCAACCCUCAUCCAACCGACCGAUUGGUACGAUCAGUGCGACCUCUCCAUAUGCACCGAAGUUUGGCCCGACGACCACUCCGAUCGAGGCUACAGCCUUACCCUCGCCACGCUCCAGUUCAUCGCCCCCCUCGUGGUGCUCCUGUUCACGUACACCCGGAUCGCCUGUAAGGUCUGGGCCAAACGGCAGCUCGGCGAGUCGGUGAAACAGCGCGAUCAACGCAUCCUCCAGUCCAAGCGGAAGAUCGUCCGGAUGAUGAUCACCGUCGUGGCGGUGUUCACCGUCUGCUGGCUCCCGUUUAACAUCUUCAUGCUGGUCCCGCUGGAUCCCGAGUGGCGUCCGCUACCCUAUCUCUGGUUCGCGUUCCACUGGCUUGCGAUGUCCCACGGGUGCUACAAUCCGAUCAUCUACUGCUACAUGCAUGACAAGUUUCGUCACGGGUUUCGGCAGCUGCUGUGGGAGCGCACCGCGAUUGGGCGCUGCUGGGAGCGUUCGACGUCGGCGUCGAGAAAAAGGAGCGAUGUCAGCACCAACACCGAGAUGUCCCAACUAUUCCCGGAUUCGAUCCACAAUACGGCGGUGGCGGUUGUCGGCGGGGCGGAGUGUUGCAAGAGGAAGAAUUAGGCCUUCUAACCCAUCGAAAUGUAACGAAAUUCUUUGACAUUUUGAUGUUUGGUUCAGAAGCUAUAUUUCAUCUGUUUAUCUGCUGAUAAGUCAUUGUAUUUCUCUUCAUUGAA